AUGCAGGACGAAGCUGCCCCGGCAGAGCCUGCAUCGUCCGACGAACCGUGUAUGUUUUCCCUCGACGGCAUCCCGGCCGAGCUGCGGCGACGGCUAGAAGCGCUGGAUGGCGCUGCUAUUACGCGGACAGUUUCCGUCUAUGAGGGCUUCGGCUCCUUUCAUUCCGAGAACGUCGAGGAUUUGGUGGCGAUGGACACGUUGACGUACCGCCCGCCGCCGCUUCCGGUGUUUUCGCGCAGAAUUCUGGGCUGCAGCGAGCUGCAGGAGAUGGACGUCGCCAGAGACGAGGAUGAGCGCAUGGGCAUCUGGAGCCGGCGCGUGCAGCUGUGUGACUUUGGCCUGCCGUUCCGCGAGGAGCACUUCGCCAUCACGCCGGAGUUCGUGUUCAUCAACCACGGCGCCUUUGGCGGCUCACUGCGCGGUGCGCUGGCGAUGAAGCACCGCUACGAGGAGAUGAUGGAGCGCGAGGUGGUGGAGUACAUGGACCGCGAUUUGCUUCCGCUCAUCGUGUACAGUGUCCGGCGUCUCGCAGAAUUUCUCAACGCCAGUCCAAGACAGGUGGUCCUCGUGCAGAACGCGACGUACGCGUUGAACUGUGCGAUGCACCUUAUUGAGAAGGAUGACGUGGUGGCGUUCUUCGACACUGAGUACCUUUCUGUGUACAAAAUGAUGUAUUUUCGAUGCACAGAAGUUGGUGCCUCUUUCCAUGAGAUCGCGCUCUCCAAGUAUUUGCACGACGCCUCGCUCAUGGGUGAUGACGCGGCCUUGACGGACGAGAUAUGCCGUCAUCUUCCGACAGGAUGCACGACAGUUGUCUUCGAUUACAUCACAUCGACCAGCGCGCUCUGUCUGCCGGUGUUUACGCAUAUUGUUCCCGCGCUGCGGCGCUGUGGUGUAACGAAGAUCAUCGUGGAUGGCGCCCAUGCACCGCUGCAGUUAGAGGUGAACCUUAACGACCUGCCGCCAGAGGCGCAGCCCAGCGUCUUGAUUGGAAACCUACACAAGUGGUUCUCCAUAGCCAAGUCUGUCGGCUUCAUGUGGGUUCACGCAGCGCUUGUCGAUUCCCUGCACUCCGUUGUUCUCUCACAUGGCGCUGGUAACGGUCUGCUCUCGGAGUUCAUCUGGGACGGCACGCGCGACUACGGCGCCUAUCUCUGCAUCCCCGCGGCCAUUGACUUCUGGCGCGCGCAGGGCCUCGAGCGCGUGCGGCGCCACUGCUCUCUUCUGCUGCAGCGCGCCGCGGAAAUGCUUACACACGCCUUUGGCACACGCCCCGUUGCCCGCCACGCCCCGUUCAUGUCACUUGUCGAGCUCCCCGAGGCGCUGCAGACGCCGUGCAUGACGGCGAAGUAUAUUCAGGACCUGCUGCACGACGUGUACAAAGUGGAGGUCCCAGUCAAGCGCGUGGAGGGGCGCUUUUAUGUGCGCAUCAGUGCCUUUGUCUACAAUACGCCGGACGAGUACGCAUACCUGCGCGAGGCGGUGCUCGGUAUCGCACGCGAGUGGCUGCGCUCCGACGAGCGGCAGUUGCUGCUCGCGCAGGAGGCGGGCAACUGCGCCGACGCACCGCGUGUUCCGUGCGACAAGCACAUCCGUGAGCAGGGCGGGUGUGGUUUGACGGGGCUUGAGCCGGUGCUGAAGCGAAGGAAGGGUUCCAGGUUCUAG